AUGGAGCCAGUUGGAGUUGUUAAAAAGGACAAUCUUCUCAAGUUGCACAGUGAGACGCAAAGGAUUGUCAGAGAGUCGAGUGUCAAGCUGCCCUAUCAUAAGCCAGCCAAGCAAGACUUGUCGUCAUACCUGGCCAGGGUUCAGCAGAAAAGAGAGUCCAUAGACUUCACUAAUUCACUAAAAAAACUGCAACAGCAGCAGCUGAAACACCCCUACCCAGUUAUUCCUAACCCCACCCCCUUGGAAAGUACAAUCACAAGGCAGAUAUCAGAGGACACGGAUUCAACGUCCAAUUUUACGAGCAACCUCAUCAACAACAAUACCAUCACCAACGGCAACUCCACCACCACCAACAACAACAACAACAGCGGCUUCAAAGUGGAGAAGAUAAUCUACAAGAUGGACGCACGCGACGACGAGAUGCUGAAGGGCUCCAAGCUGCGACACCUGCAGCAGCAGCUGAAGCAGCAGAUGAGCGAGGUCCGCUCAGAGAGACUCAGAGAGAGGAAGAAACAAUUUAAGAAGUUGGCCAAAGAAAAAGGUAUCGGAAACGCCAUCUCGAGGUUAAAAGAAGACGAAAAGAAAGAUGAUGACGAUGAUGGUGGUAGUAGUAGUAGUGGUAGUGGUAGUAGUAGUGAUGAUGAUGACGAUGAUGGCAACAGUGGUGGUGUUGCUGAUGGUGAUGACGACGCGGAGGAAACGGAGGAGGAAGAUGAAGAAGAGAUGGCCGUGAAGAGAAUUGAGGUUGUUGCUGUCGUUGACGACGGUUUUGUUAUGUAUUAA